AUAAUUGAAUCGGUGAGUGGAAGAACGAUAUAACUCCAAAAAAGUGAUUUUAAACCAAGAUAGCAAAAAUGAUCUUUAACAUUAAAUCUAUCUGAUGGACCGAAAAACGAUAUAACUUUUGAAGCCUAUAUGCUUUAUGACAAGGGGGUAAUUUCGCGUUGAGUGGAACAACAGUAUAACUCCAGCUUUUAUAUCGUUCUUCCACCCAAUGUGGGAAUAUUGCGCGUGAGCUGCUUCAGUCGAUGUAAAAAUAAAUGCAUGUCAAAACUUACACCGGACGAAAAAGAAGCAGUUUUAAGAAAAGUUUAUGAGAAAGGUUCAAAAAAUGAACAGGAUGUAUAUUUGCAUGGAUUUAUGGAUUGUAGACAAGUAGCUAGGAGGCGACCAGAUGGGGAAGAUAGGAAGAAAAAUAAGGAAGUGACUUUUUCAUAUUAUAUACGGAAUAAUAAUUUAGAGAGGCAACCAGUUUGCAAGACAGCUUUUCUUAGUCUGCAUUCAAUAUCAAAUUCUAGAUUACAACGAUUAAAUAAACUCUUGGUUACUCAGAUGUCACCUAGAGACCUACGUGGUACACAUAAUAAUCGACCACAUAUCUUAAAACCCGAGAUUAUUACGAAAAUACAACAACAUAUUGAAUCGUUUCCCUAUAAAAUCUCUCACUACAGUUCUAAAGAAGUUCACUAUCUUGAUUCAGCUCUAAACGUCAAGAUUAUGUAUAAUCUUUUUGGAAAAUUACACCCGAACUUAAAAAAUAUAGUAAAAUAUGAAUUUUAUUUAAAGUUCUUUAAAGAAAAUUUUGCAUUGAAAUUUGGAAGGCCCCAAGUUGAUGUUUGCACUCAAUGCGAAAAAUUAGGUACAAAACUUAAAGACCAAAAUUUAAACGACAACGCAAAGAGAGUGGCUGCUGCCGAGCUAAUGAUUCAUAAGCGUAGGGCUAACAAAUUUUACUCCAAACUUAAAGAAAUAACUGCUUUGUGCCACGAGCGUAAUGAUGUUGGUGGAAUAGUAUUUGACUAUAUUCAAAAUAUGCCACUGCCUGUUAUACCCGUCCAAGAAAUGUUUUAUUUAAGACAAUUGUGGCUGUAUGGAUUUGAAGUACAUGAUUUAAAAAAAGAUACUGGGCACUUUUAUACAUAUCAUGAAGGUCAAGCUGCGAAAGGUCCAAAUGAAGUAUGUACAUUCAUAAGCGAUUAUGUGCAGAGAUUCAGGAGCUUCACAUAUUCUCAGAACCGUAACAACACCGUAGUGAGAUACUUAUUGGCUCUUGCAGCUUCAAAACGGUUUAGUAAAAUUCAUCAAUACUUCCCAGUGCGUGGUCACUCUUUUUUGCCAUGCGACAGAGACUUCGGCUCGCUCAAGAGAGUUAUAAGAAAAUAUGAUAGAAUCUAUGUUCCAGAGGAUUACGAAAACAUGAUACUUUCUUGUCGCAAAUUAAAACCAUUUACGACGACAACAAUAUGCUAUACAGAUAUAAUCCAGUACAAAAACUGGUGGCCCAACCACUACAAGAAAACUUAUCAAUCUUCCGAUGAAAGAAAAGCUAAAUUUGCAAUAUCAAACUACAGGCAAUUCAUUUAUGACAGUUCCACACCCGGGUAUGUCAUAGCUAGCGACUAUAUUGGCGGAGUUGUCACAAGAAAUUUCAAGUUAAUCAAACGUAAAGCAGCCCCAAUUUUACCGACUGCACCUGCAUAUUCAAAAAUGUUACCGAUCAAUGUAAAAAAAAUUGAACAUUUGAAAAAGGUCAUUCAAUAUAUGACUGGCGAAAUUUUGGAAUUUUUCUACCAUAUAACGUCAUUGGAAACCACCAACAUGGAAGCUGAAGACUAAUGGCCUUGAAAUAUUAACGUUUUGCGUGUUAUAAGAAUCAGGUUUUGUAAUGUAUGUUAGAUACUAUUAUAAAUAAUAAACAAUUUACAAAUUUGCAA